AUGCUGGCCAGUAUUGGCUCGCCUCCUGCGUGUGCGCCCGAGGCCGGUCAGUUUGUGGCGCCCACCGCACCGGAGUCUGGCACGCCUUGGAUGAAGCUUCUAGCGGAUCACGUGCUCUACUGGCGUGCCAGAAAGGCGUGGAGCCGUCAGUAUUACAACGACGUGUUCCAGUUCAUAGCGAAGCGAGCUCCCGACCUCCAGCAGCCGCUGCGGAUUGUCGAGGUUGGCACAGCGUUCGGCGUGUCAGCUCUGCCCGCCCGCCUAGCGCUAGCCGUCUUCUCGACGGCGUGGCUUUUGCGCGCGGUGGUCACUUUCGCCGCGCUGCGCGCGGCGCGCCGGUUCCAGCUCCACGACCGGCGCCUCGUCAGCCACCGCCAGGCUGCGCUGCCUGACUCGCGGUUCUUCUCUGCCGCCGGCGCCUCCGGUGCGGACGAGGCGGCGCUGCUGCACCUCUGCCACGGGUUCGGAUCCAACGCGCUGACCUGGGCGCCGCUCCUCCUGCUCGCGGCGCUGCUCGUGCGCGGCUUGUCCGCGUCGGGCCGAUUCUGGAGGCGAGAGGAGUUUUGGGGGGGAGCGUGA